AUGUUCAUCCAAGUGCAGGAAACUCCUAAUCCUUUGACACUAAAAUUUUUGCCUGGGCAACCAGUAAUGGGUGAAGGAAGAGGAACAGUAGAAUUCAAAUCUGUUUCAGAGGCUCGACAAAGUCCCUUAGCUCUGGAUCUUUUUCGCAUUAACGGUGUGAAAAGCGUGUUUUUUGGUAAAGAUUUUAUUACACUCACGAAAGCUGACGAAGAAUCUGACUGGUCGCUUCUUAAGCCUGAAAUUUUUGCUACGAUAAUGGAUUUUUUGCAAUCCGGCAGGGCGGUUUUAAGUAAAGAUAAUGUUCAAGAGGGUCCGGAGGACACCAGUGUGUUACCAGAAGAUGACGAUACUGUUGCAAUGAUAAAAGAGCUUAUUGAAUUUCGUAUCAAACCAAUGGUGCAGGAAGAUGGAGGGGACGUUCUUUACAAGGGUUUUCAUGACGGCAUUGUUUAUCUGAAACUACAGGGGUCUUGUACGGGUUGUCCUAGCUCUUCCGUGACGUUGCAUUCUGGAAUAAAAAAUAUGCUGCAGUUCUACAUUCCUGAAGUAAAAGAUGUAGUUGAGAAAAAGGAUGAGGAAGAUGAGUUCGCCGAUAGCGCAUUUGACGAAUUUGAAAAGACGAAGAGAGAGAAGGAGAAGAAGGAGACAACGUAA